UUGGCGAUGCGACUGCUACCAGUUACUGUUAGCUUGUAUUUAUACAACAAAGAUUAUGAAUUGCCUGUUUCAUAAGAUAGACAACGUUGUCAAAAGGAUAUAGGGCGCGCACACUUGAAAGAAAGCUGCCAAAAGGUUGUAAUAUAUCUAUACCAGACCAGCAGUUGAUGUCAAUUCGUUAAAAAAGCACUAUAGCUACUAGUCUGUCUAUUAAAUAUGCUUGUUCACUAUAUAUACGUCUUUAUAAAUUGACGUAGGUUAGUUAACGUGUUUUAUACAAUAAACGUACACAGAUGUGAACCCUGGUCCUCCAUUGUUUUGGUUGCCUUGUCGCUACGCCGAACACUAUCACGCAUGCGCAUGCCCCACGUUAGUUCCUGUUUACAAGAAGUUACAAUAAUUAAAAUUUAAAUAUACCGUUUUAAACUUCCACUUUGAGACAUGCUUGCUUAUAUUUGGCUACAAAUCGCUGUUUACGUGUUAUUUCAUUUAAACUAUUAAUGCAUUAUUUUCCUGACGCACGUUGGCUGAAUGGUAUGCGUUUUGGCCACACCGGGAGACAAGGAUUCGAUUCUGCUCUUGGCCCUGUUCAAAGAUUCUCAUGUUAAGGAUCCAGUAUUGCAGGUUUUGAACCUCCGUGAGUACCCAAGUGCCCAAGGACCCCCCAAGUACCGUCUGAACCUGAGUGAUGGUGUGCACAUGCUGUCUAGCUUCUUGAUGGUCAGCCAGUUAAACCACCUGGUGGAGUCUCAGAAGCUGACCCCAGGCUGCGUGUGUACGCUCAAGAAGAUCACAGAGACGUAUUUAUCCAACAAGCGAGUGCUGAUCUUGUUGGACUUGGAAGUGUUGCAGACUGCUGAGGAAACUGGAGGGAAGAUUGGGAAUCCCAGGCAGUUAAAUGAUAAAACCUCAGCGUCCGACAUGAGUAGCUCAGUUGCAGAAGCCUCCGUGUCUGACGAAACACCUGGACCAUCUGGAAACAGCAAGACAACUCAUGGACAAGUACUCAUGAGAAACUCACCUAUGAAGCAGUCCCCCGUGAAGGCAUCUGAGAUGGCGGCUUCCAUGCAGGAGUCCCCGAUGAAGUCUUCCAAGCUCUCCCAGAGUCCGACGAAUGUGAUGCCAAUUGAGAAACUCAACCCCUAUGUGAGCAAUUGGACCAUCAGAGCCAGAGUCACCAGCAAGUCCAACAUCCGCCAGUGGAGUAACUCCAGAGGGGAGGGGAAGGUCUUCUCCUUUGAGACUGUGGAUGAGAGUGGAGAAAUCAAGAUUACGGCCUUCAACAAGGAAGUGGACAAGUUUUUCUCUCUGGUGGAGCAAAACAAGGUCUUCUUGAUCUCCAAGGGCACUCUGAAGGUGGCCAACAAACAGUUCAACUCCCUGAACAACAAGUACGAGUUGACACUCAACUCCAACUCUCACAUCGUGCCCUGCCAGGACAGCCAGGGUGUGCCCACCAUGCACUACGAUUUUGUGGCCAUCUCACAGCUGGGGGACAUCGAAACAGACACCUUCGUUGAUGUGAUAGGCGUGUGCGACGAGGUGGGGGACGUGUCCGUCAUCAACACCAAGGCCGGCAAACAGGUCCAAAAGAGGGUGCUCAUGCUGACUGACUCCAGUGGAAAGAUGGUUGCGCUCACACUGUGGGGAGAUGAGGCUCAGAAUUUUGACACGUCCCCUCACCCCGUGGUGGCCAUCAAAGGAGCGCGCUUGACGGACUUUGGCGGCCGCUCGCUCUCAGCACUCUUUAGCUCCACACUCAUGGUCAACCCUGAUCUCCCGGAGGCCUUUAAAUUGAGAGCCUGGUACAACCAGAUGGGUCACUCCCUUCAAAGUCAGUCCUUGACAGUCCCCAAGUUCAUGGGUGAUGAUGUCAGGACCAACUGGAAGUCCCUCAGCGACAUCAAGACGGAACAACUGGGGCACACUGAGAAGGCGGACUACUUCAGCUGUGUGGCCACGGUUCUGUACAUGCGCAAAGAGAACUGUCUGUACCAGGCCUGUCCCACCACCUCCUGCAACAAGAAGGUCGUGGACCAGAACGGCCGGUACUACUGUGAGAAGUGUAACCAGGACUUCUCCAACUUUAAAUACAGAUUUAUUCUCAAUGUCAACUUAGCAGACUUUGGGGAAAACCAGUGGGUAACGUGCUUCCAGGAGACAGCUGAAGCCUUGGUUGGUCACAGCGCUGAAGCUCUGGGACAUAUGAAAGACACAGAUGAGGAUGCUUUCAAUCAAGUGUUCCAGAAAGUCAACCUCACAACACACGUCUUUAAGAACCGAAUCAAACUGGAGACGUACAAUGAUGAAAGUCGAGUGAAGGUGACUGUUCUGGAGGUCCAUCCGGUGGACCACAAGCAGUACAGCAGGAGGCUGCUUGCCAACAUCCGCACGCUGUCCCGGAGGACCUGAGCACAGCGCUCCAUCCAAACAUCCCGCAUCAGAACUACACUACGGUUUUAUUUUGGCUGGUCCAUAUUUCCCCCAGAACUGACAUCACCAUUUUAUUCUUGACAUCUUUAAACUUUUAGAUUUUAGAUUUAGCUUUUGAUGAUGAGGAAUGACUCACUUUCUCUGUGUCCAUUUGAAAAGAGAAGGAAUAUGUAUAUGCGUGGGAUAUGCACGUGUUUUAAUGUUAUUUAUAGAGGCUUUUCUAAGGGCUCAGUCGGCGGGGGGACUGGGGAUUUUGAGUGUUAAUAUAAACCAGGAGUGUUAAUAUAAACCAGGAGUGUUAAUAUAAACCAGAAAAAAAGGAUUAAAGCAGUCCUUCAGACACUUGUGUACUUUUGUUGCUAUUUUUGAGCUUGCUGUUGUAUUUCCACUAACCCCUUUGACAGGAACACGAAGUCGAUUAACAUGAUGGAACAAGGACGCCACGUGUGUUCCCAGCGAGGAGGAGGCACAGCUCUAAUUUAUGUUGACAGGACAACCAGCACCAGUACCACCUGCUUGCACUGAGCUUUGACAGCUGAUCUCUUCAUCCAGGUGACACAUCCACACUGACAUGCUUUGACCCUUGUUCAUGUUACAGUACAGGUUAACUGUACUGUACUCCAAUGGUGUGAAAGGAUGCUCCCUUCCUGCUCUUAUUUUUUGUCAUACUUAAAUGUUUUCGAAUCCAUUUUCUACCGCUUAUGUCGCCGGCGUGCUGGAGCCUAUCCCAGCUGUCUUCGGGUGAGAGGCGGGGUACACCCUGGACUGGUCGCCAGCCAAUCACAGGGCACAUAUAACAAACAACCAUUCACACUCACAUUCAUACCUAUGGACAAUUUGGCGUCACCAAUUAACCUAGCAUGUUUUUGGAAUGUGGGAGGAAACUGGAGUACCCGGAGAAAACCCACGCACGCAAGGGGUAAUGCCUGAUGGGGAAUCGAACUAGCUGUGUGGCCUACGUGCUAACCACUCUCUACCGUGCAUCCCUGUUUUGAAAUCAUCAAACUAAUUUAAAUAGGUUUUGGAAAAUCCAAACCUACAUGGCCCUGUGUGGCAUUUAUUUGAUGGUCUGAAACAUUUGAACGAGUAAGAAAUCAGGAAGGGGGCAAACACUUUUACACUGUUGUCUUUUACACUUUCUCUGAUUGGCUGAAAUGGUCUCCCAGUUAGCACCACCUGUUGCUUUGUCAUGCACGGCAGCAUGCUAAUAUAUGUUUUUAUGUGGUUCCAGUGGUGAGGGGAAACGUGUUUAAAAAACAUUGUGUGAUUGGGCACUGAUAAAUUAGCAGUCUGGACUUGAAUCACAUGCAUCAAAACCGUACCGUCGUGUCCUGCACAUCGUGAUGUCUGAGCUCGUUAUUGAUGUUUUUCAUUUUGAGGACAAAACCUCCACUGUGGCCUUCACUCCUCCUCGGCUAGAAGAACAUUUGGCCUCGGGUCGUGAGCGCAUGCUGGGAUUAUCUCUGCUCUGUGUGCAAACACCAAGGCCAGCGUUCUGUGUGUGUGCACGCACCGACAGCCUUGACGGAGGACUGCAAGAUCCUCUCCCAGUCGGAGCGGCGGUCCUGCGGGUGUCCAUGUUGAUGUUGCAUGCUGCUGUUGGCUCGCAACUUUCCCAGGUGGGCUCAGGGGUUCCAGCGAGGUGCACACUGGAGUAUUACAUCAGGCAUCACAGAAUGUUGAGCCUCGAUGCCACAUCAUCAGCAUGUAGUCAUGUAAGGCAGUGAAUGAACACGCUAACUACUCAUUAUCUUGAUGACGAUUAGAAGUGUUACAUGUUUGCACAGCGGUGCACACUGGAGGCUCGCAUUAGCAUGUAGAAUAUGUGCAUAUCUAUUCUUACUUUGGCAUUCAUGUAUUGGUCUGGAGGAUUAUUGGAACAGCAUGUCCACAUACUAACACAUCUAGUUCAGUGAAUGUACUAAUCUGCAUCUUAGCAUUCAUGUGUAGACAAACAACUAAAGCAACAAAAGACUUUUUAUGUGUGAUUUUCCACCUGCGUGAACCUGCUCUCACUCACACGGUCAAGUGCCUGUUGCCAUGACAACACGUCACACAGGACGGGUGGUGACUUUGGCCUCCCAACGCCACUGUAGAUGUUCCUUGUCCACUACAAAUGACACAUACUUGAGGUAUGUGGCGCUCAGGAUGAGCAACAUGCUUGCAGGCGCCCUGAUCCAACUCAGUGCACUCGCUGAGUGCACUCAAGACAGUAAGCAGGGCUUGUGCACUAAGCCGAGAAGAGACAUAACCAACUAACGUUUUGGUUAUGUGUUAGCUGGGAUAGAAACAUCCAUCCACUUUCUCAGCCGCUUAUCCUCAAUAGAGUCAAGGGGGUAUGCUGGAGCCUAUCCCAGCUGUUUUUGGGGCGAGAGGCGGGGUACACCUUGGACUGGUCGCCAGCCAAUCACAGGGCACAUAUAGACAAACAACCAUUCACACACACAUUCAUACCUAUGGACAAUUUGGAGUUGCCAAUUAACCUAACAUGCAUGUUUUUGAGAUGCAGACUCAACUGGAGAUGAGUGAUGUGUGGCCAGCAUGCUAACGACUCAUCUGUUGUGUGACCAUAUUAGAAACAACAUCCAAUAAAUUAGGUUGUGGAAAAAGUUAUUGUCCAAAUUCUCCAGGAGUAAAGUCAUAAUUACAAUAAGAAAAUUUACAGGACAGCUGAAUAUUUGUAAAAAUUAAACAGCACAAAUUAAAAUUGACACAAAAUAUUAACAGUAAAAAUGCAUACUUUACAAUAUUGCAAGUUUAUUAUUGUUAAGGAAAAAUAAUGUUUUAGUAGCAAAGAGUUGAAAUAUUAUAUUAUAAUAUACAAUUUAAUUUGUAAUAUGAGAGAGAAAAGAAAAUGAGGUAAUGUUUAGACAGUUUGUUUGGGAUGAAAGUCCAAAUAUUUUGGGAAUAAAUUGCCAAAAGAACUUUUAUUUCAAAAGAAGGUUGACAUAUUGUAAGGGGGAGCCUUUCCACCUACUAUAUUGAAAACCUGAGAUGCAGUUUUUGUGGCCUUUGUAUCCUUUUAUAUGUCAUACGUGGCCCUCAGUGGAAAGGUUUGGACACACUUGCUCUGAAGAAACAUUUGUGAAGGGGAGUUGAGCAUCUUCGCACACCGACGACACUUAAGUGUGAGUACAGCAGUGCACCAACUGCCUUCGUCUUUGUCUUAACUUGAGCUGGAGUCAAAGGUCAGCAACAAGCUACACCUAGAGAAUUUUCAAGACAGAAAAGUGCUGUGUUUUUCCACGUGACUCAGCCUUAACAAAACCUCACACUCCCACUGGCAGCAAGGUGGCGCUCUUCCAGCAGCACCGCUCAAAAGGAGGUGGAAGGAGAGGAGGUGCGAGCGUGGAGAGGGAUGGAAAAAACAAAGUGUCAAAAUGUUCUUUUUCCUUCGUCGAGCUGUUACAUCAUUCCAACAUCGGCCUUUUGUGGAGCGGUGGCACAUACGAGAGCGCGUGAUCACACGUUGUGAGUCAUCUAUCGCGCGCCAUCCUCCUUUUGUUUUCUGUCUUCAGUCUUUAUAACUUCCUGGCUCUGUUGUGUCCGUAUAAGUACUCUGGGAUAGUAGGAAAUGUUCCAAUUGGAGUUUAUGAGGCCAACCUGCCAAACAACAAACAUGGCCGACACGGUUUGUUUUUGUUUGUGCACGUGGGUGUGUGUCUCUCACACACACAAUUUUGUUCCCUGUUUGGAAUGAACAGUUCUGGCCAGAGGUCUGGCAUUUCCAACUUUCUCCUAUAGUGCAGUACUGUAACUGGAGCAAGGAGUAGAGAGGGAAGCAGCUGAUUGUCGCUUUGUUAGGAUUUGGAAGUUUGAUCCAUUAUGGAGUGUCAGUGGCGCUUAUCUCAUUUCUACUUUGGCGCUGAAGUCACAGUCAUUUCAUGCGAUGUGUUGCCCAGCAGCAUUACAUAACACUGCUGAUGUGCACGUGGGCGUGUGUGUGUGUGUAGUGUAUAUUUGAAGAACAGUUGAGCCUUUGUCAGUAUCCCAUGCUGGCUACAGAGAUGAGAAAAACAAACCACAAGCCUUUAUUAUUGUUGUUCUGACCUCUGAGGCUGUCCAAGAUGGCCGCUAAGUGGCCUUUGCGGUGCCUGAAAUGGAAUACUGUGUUCCCUCGCUAUAUCGAGGUUCAUGUUUUUUUAAAUGCAAUUUUGCAUAUUUCUUUCUAAACAGCUGCAUGAAUGUGUUCUGCAUCGUUGUGGUGUAUUACAGCGAUAUAACAGUGCUGUUUUGUCUGCUAUUGUAUUUACUACUACCACUAGAGGGUCUUAUACAUUCAUGCAAGAGUGGGCGAUGUCAUAUCGAUGGUAAUGUUGGUAUCACUAUUGAUUGAUACCGAUGUAAGAUUGAUACUUAAGACUUCAGUUGGUAUCCUGCCCAUGAAAAUCCAUGCUACUUGAACAAAGAAUUUGUCAGAAUUCAUUCAAAUCUUUAAAAAGUAUCGGUUUCGGUAUAAAUAUCGGCGGUACUGGCCCCGUAUUUACUUGGUAUCGGAUCGAUAUCAAAUCUAGCGGUAUCACACACCACUGCCCCUCAACUCUCAGCAGGACACAAGAGUAUAGAGCCACAACAGUCCUGAUUGGCUAAGGGAGAACACGCCCAUUGUGUUGGGCAUUCUGAUUGUAGACCAAUCAAUCUUUGUUCACCACUGCCAUGUGUCCGGUUUGCUUAUGGAGUGCUGCAAAUUUAUCUUUGGUUCAUAGAGGACUACAAGGAGAAGUCAAAUAUUAAAUAUGAGCCAUAUGUUUUAACAAGGAUACAAAAACGCAAUCAAUUUUUCCCGUUAGAAAUAAUGUAAAUCAAAUUCAUGUGUUCCAAAACCCCCAAAAUAUUAACACGUUAUAUUAGUAUUAACAUAUUUUAUAGUUUAGCAAUUAUAGUUUUGCAUUCAGAAAACACUUUUUUAAAUCAUUUUUUAUCAUUCAAAACUGGGGGAUAUUAUUUUAGAAGCCACCAUCCACCAGUACAUGCCUGGACUUUACUUUUCAGAGAGGUUGUUUACCUAACAAAUAUGCACAUUAGCACUCAAUAAGGUCAUCAAAUCUUACCUUUGUGCAUUCCCACAUAGUAUCAGCAUUUGGAAUACAGUAUAGUGGUUGUAGUACUGUGUGGCGUGGGACAAAGUAAGAAAGUGCGUUCAAGUACUGUCAAAUAAAGUGGGGCAAAGCGCCGCUCACAUUAAACAUGCAAAAACUGCGGGAUUUCUAGCUGUGUAUUAUUUUUUCAAUAAAAUAAUGGCCCAUAUUUCCAAAAUUGACAUCCCGUUACAUCGUAGUUGCGUAUCAAAUAAUUUACCACAAAGACCUUUACAUCCCUACACAUUAUUGAUAAUAUCGUCUGCAAUUAAAUGUGAUUAAUCCGGUGUUAACUAUGGCCAGAGAUGCGAUUAAAAGUUCUGACUUUUUCAAACUUGCGCGUCGCCCUGCUUCAAGGUGCAACACCUUUUUUUUCUAGUCCCCCCCCCCCUUCUGUUAUUUGGCCAAGAUGGCGACUAUCGAGCGUGCUAAGUGUCCAUCACUCACCAUUGGAAGGUGUUUUUUGAGUGCAAGGUCUGGACCCUGCCAGUGCACCUCAUUUUGAUGAAAGCUCUUAUGUAGGUGUAAGUAUGCAAGUGCACCAGCUGAGACACGGCACUGGAGUACACAACUAGAAAGUGUAGGGAACAUUAGGAAGCGGCUCGCUGGAGUUUGAUUGGCAGGUGGCAAGGAUGCUUAGCGAGGGAGGAGGUAUGUGGAUGAGGAGGAGAAUGUGAAUGAUGAGCUUGUGGCAGCCAGGGAGGGAGGGGCUGACAUGUGGAGACAGUUGCUAAGGAGACUAAAGUAAGACACAAGGAUGGAGAGGGACAAGAAGGCGGGCCAAAAAUGAACAUCCUGUCAAGGCGCCGUCUUCGCACAUCAUUCCUGACUUUUUCAUCCUUCGUGAGGGGACGCCAUCUUGAAACACUUGUCUUUGGGGAAAGUUCCAUCUUGUAUUUCGUCACACAGUGAUGUUAGGACACAAAUGAGGUCAGUAUGGCGAUAGAACCCAAGCGAGGAGCUGUGACGCAUCCAUGCUUGGUCCUUGAGUACCACAGCAUCAACCUCAUGGAGUCAAGCAAGGAUGCUACGGGAUGUGCUGGUGGAUCCAGCAUGUUCCCUCAGACAGGAAAGAUGAGAGGAGCUUUUCAAAAGGCGCUUUGUCGUCUCUUGGCGUCGUCAUCCACGACGCCCACACUCAAGUCGUUGUUCUUGCUCCGGCCCGCUUUCCCGCCUCACGCGGCAUCACUUUCAUUAACAAGACGACUUUAAUUGAAAGCAUUAACCGAAAUAUUCCACACCCCUCCUGAGGACUGCUCCAUUUUCUCCUUCACAUACACACACAAGUACAGCGAGUGUCUGAUCAAAUCUGUUAAAUGAGAUGGUGAUUAUUAGGAAUGCUGUCCUUGUUGGCUCUUAAAGUGUUUCUUUAAUGAGGUCCUGAAUCUGCUUGUGUGGAAUGAGCUUGUCUAAAGCUGCAAGACUAACAAUUUCACCCCAACCCCUUGUGGUCAACACUUUUAAUAGCCCUUUGAUUUACGCUACAUCAUUUAACAGCCCCGCUAUAGUGGCUCACAUGUCUAAUACCGAUACCAAUACCGACCACAUACAUGCAGUGGAAAUGCUUAACCCCUACUACUAAACCAUCCUGGAGAUGCUGAUGCAGAUUUGCAUUAAUUUGUCUUUCGCAGUAUUUCCUCUAUAGGAUACCACUACGACUAAAUCCCUGCUUUUUGCUAAAAUGGAAAAAAAUCUCUGGAUAAUUGACACACCCAUUAAAAUGUCUAUUUUUGACAAAUGGCUCACUCCUCAC